UGCUAACACUAUUGUCCCUGAGAUUCAGCCCAUUUCCAGUCUACCAAGCCAUUCAAUGCCCUAUAUUUAAUCGGGCGCCGCCGAGUUGACCAUCCUGCCCCACCCCGGGCGCACCCCCCUAACCAACAUCCGACUCCCGGGGAUCCAUCGACACCCGGUCCCCGCCGCUUACCUCCCCCAAAACACCUCAAAGUGCACCUCGGCCCCCUUCUUUCGACGAUGAGCACAGAAUCCCACCCCCCCGACGCCGCCGGGCCCCUCCCCCCAGUCCACCUCACCCCCCUCCCGCCCUUCACACCGGACCUCUACCAGCGCGCCUGGGCCUCGACCCCGCACCCGACGCUGCCCCUCCUCGCCACGACGCAUGCCCGCGCCGUCACCGUCUUCUCGCUCACCACCAUGACCAAGCACAGCGCCCUGACGGGCGGGCACACUCGCUCCGUGCGCUGCGCCGCCUGGAAGCCCGGCCUGCCGCCCCACCGCCUGUGCCUCGUCACCGGCAGCUUCGACGCCACGGCGGGGCUCUGGCGGUGGGACGGCGACGUGCCGUUUGACGGGCCACCCGUAGCGGCGGCAGCGGCACCUGUUGCCGGAGGAGACGAGAUGGAGGUUGACGUCACGGCUGCGGCGGUACCACCGGGGAAGCGGGCGGCGGCUGACGGCGGAUCCGACUCGAGCUCGGAGCGUGAGCGGGGUGACGGGGCCGGCCCGGGCGGGGACGGGGACGACGACUGGGAGUUCACGCUGGUGCUGGAGGGCCACGAGAACGAGAUCAAGGCGGCGGCGUUCUCGCCGUCGGGGCAGUACCUCGCGACGUGCAGCCGGGACAAGUCGGUGUGGAUAUGGGAGGACGUCGGGGCGUCCGAGGCCGAAGACGAGUGGGAGACGGUGGCGGUGCUCAACGAGCACGACGGCGACGUCAAGGCCGUCGCGUGGUGCCCCGACGUGCCCGGCCGCAACAGUGCCGGCGCCGGCCGGUACAGCGCCGACGUGCUGGCGAGCGCGAGCUACGACAACACGGUGCGCGUCUGGCGCGAGGACGGCGACGGCGAGUGGGUGUGCGUCGCCGUGCUCGAGGGCCACGCCGAGACCGUAUGGGGCCUGCAGUGGGAGCCCGCGCCGAGGGCCGACAGGUUCCCGAGGCUGCUAACCUUCUCUGCCGACCAGACGAUCCGGAUAUGGACCCUCCGCGAGGACAAGGACGGCGAGGAGGACGGCGGGGCCGGUAGUGCCGGAGGCAAUCACGUCUUCCAUUCCGGGCUGGGUGGCAUUCCCAAUACGAUGAGGAGGAGCCUCCAGGAAGACUGGGAUUGUACAGCCGUACUACCAAAGAUUCACACUCGGGAUAUCUAUUCAGCCUCCUGGAGUGCUGCCUCGGGGCUGGUGGCGAGCACUGGUAGCGAUGGAAUCAUUGCUGUAUAUGGAGAGGACCAGAUAACGGGAGUCCAGGGAGGAGACGGUACACCAACGGGACAACCCUCCACACAGCCGGCAGAGCAAGACGAUGCGAAUCAAACGAACGAGUACCAUCCUUCGUCGGGUGAGUGGCGAGUGCUCGGGACAGUCUCCAACGGACACGGACCGUACGAAAUCAACCACAUCACCUGGUGUAAGAGGUUUGAUCCUGGAACGGAGCGGAGAGGAGAAGAAGAGAUGCUGGUGACAUCUGGUGACGAUGGCGUUAUCCGGCCGUGGCAGGUAACAUAAUAGGAUAUCUGACCCCGUCGCUUCCAUCACUGUGUAUAUACCCACAAUCUAAGGGAAAGGAGACACCAUAGUGCUACCAUGACGCCCGCACGAUAAAUUAAUGCUGUAUAAGAUGGUUGAAAGCGAUCUUCAUGUUCUGACUGGUACACAGAAGCUUCUGCAAAGAGAAGCUUC